CCGACGCAGCUUCCGACGCCGAGGACACCAGCCGACGACGAGACCACCCCUCGGGGCUCUGGAUGACAUGUGGGACGAACCCACGGAACACUGCAUCCAUUCAGGACGCGAUCGACAGCCUGGCCGCUGACGCGGACGAUUGGGGCAAUGUUUAUCCAAAUAUAUCUGGAGAUGGAGCUCUUGGUAUGGUUAUCAAUCAAAAGGCGGAUAUAUGCAUUGGAGCAAUGUACUCUUGGUCUGAAGUCUACACAUAUUUAGAUCUCUCUAUGUAUCUUGUGCGUUCGGGAAUAACUUGUCUUGUUCCAGCACCUUUGCGACAAGCUAGUUGGUACCUUCCUUUGGAGCCUUUCCAAGAAGCUCUAUGGGCUGCAGUCCUGGUAUGUCUAUGUAUGGAAACUUUAGGAUUGGUUUUAGGCUUAAGAGGUGAGCAGGCACUAUACCUAGCGGCAAGCGAUAGAGACGGCUGGUGGAUUUGUACAAAGUUCGGACUGUCUACGACAUUUAAGCUUUUCGUAUCUCAAUCGGGAAGCAGCAAAGCUAGUUCUCUUACAGUUCGUGUGCUUCUUUUUGCCUGCUUUCUUAAUGACUUAAUCAUUACAAGCAUAUAUAGCGGCGGCCUUGCCAGUAUAUUGACAAUUCCAAGUAUGGAAGAGGCGGCCGACUCAGUCCAUCGUUUGCGAUCGCACCGAUUACAAUGGGCAGCUAACUCUGAGGCUUGGGUCUCAGCUAUCAGAGGGUCUGAAGAGCCAAUGGAUCAGGAUUUGUUAAACAAUUUUCACAUCUAUAGCGACGAUCAGCUACUUCAAUUAGCCCAGGAGCAGCGAGUGCGCAUUGGAUUUACAGUUGAGCGUUUGCCCUUUGGUCAUUUUGCCAUCGGGAACUAUUUGGUGCCUCAAGCGAUUGAUCAGUUAGUUAUCAUGCAGGAUGACAUAUAUUUCCAGUACACGGUCGCUUUUGUUCCCAGACUGUGGCCACUUCUUGAGCAAUUCAAUACUCUCAUCUACAACUGGCAUUCGUCUGGCCUCGACAAAUACUGGGAAUACCGUAUAAUAGCCGAUAACCUAAAUCUGAAGACACAACAACAAGUCGAGGAAACAAUGUCCGGCAGAAAAGAAGACAUUGGUCCUGUCAUGCUUGGAAUGUCUAACUUUGCUGGAUUUUUAAUUCUUUGGAUAUUGGGAUCUGCUGUAGCCAUAUCUGUUUUUUGAUCGAGCUACUUUAUACGAAGUAUACAAAUACAUUAUAAAUAUAAAAAGACAAACUCAAUGCAUUGAAUCUAUAUUUAAUCAAAAAUGUAUA